AUGCCAGUUUGCAGUUCCAAGGGCCUUCUUGAAGGCUUGGUUGGCAAUGUGUGCGUCUUCGAAGAAUUCAGCUUCAGCACUUGCAGUGUCCUGCCAGUGGCAUCUUUGUGUUUCGGCAACAUGGGAGGCCCAGUGGAAUGCUUCAAUUGCGGCGGCGACCACUUCGCGCGGGACUGCCCCGAGGGUGGCAAGGGCAAGGGCAAGGGCAAGAAGGGUGGCAAGGACUGCUGGAACUGUGGCGGCGACCAUCUUGCUCGGGAUUGCCCGACAGGAGGCAAGAUUGGUGGAAAGGGUGGCGGCAAGAGCGUGGAUUGCUUCAAUUGCGGAGGUCCCCAUUUCGCGCGAGACUGCCCGGAGGGUGGCAAGAAGGGCGGCAAGGGCAAGGGCAAAGGUGGCGGCAAGGGCAUUUGCUAUGACUUCCGUGACAACGGCUCUUGCAAGUUUGGAGAUGAAUGCCGGUUCUCGCACGAUGUUUGA